GAGGCACCUGACGCAGCUGAAGGCAAUAUUGACCAAUAUUUGGAUAACUUCUGCUCUUGGCAAUCUCUUAAGAAUCCUCCUGUUUCCUCUGAGCUACACUGGGACCACGCCAUCAUGUUAACCGGAUUUGAUCUCCACAAAGUGUCUCUGAAAAAUGAAAAGAAUGCGAAAGUAUUGGGCCUUGCGUGGGUGAAUGGUAUGUGCCGACCUAAGCAUAGCUGCACGUUGAACGAAGGCUCCAAUUUCGAAGCAGCUUUCGUUAUAGCUCAUGAAAUGGGCCACAGUUUAGGAAUGCUACAUGAUGGUCAUGGUAACGAUUGUGAUCCGAGUGUCUAUCUUAUGUCGGAAAAGACUGGCCCGGGGAGGAUAACGUGGUCUUCAUGCAGUAAUGACUACCUGGAUAAGUUUUUCCGAAAAGGUUUGGGUGCUUGCCUUGAAGACGACAACACAUACGUUCUAGAAGGUGUAGACCACGAAUCGAAUGGUAAAUUGCCAGGAGAGAGAUUCGAUCUCGAAGAUCAAUGCCAGCUGUCUCUAGGAAACGAAUUCAAGCCACAUGUUGUUCCGAAGUCUCCGUUCAAUGAUGUAUGCAGAGAACUGUGGUGCGUAUCCGGUCUGUGGGCGUCCGUGGCUCAUCCGGCACUGGAAGGAAGCACUUGUGGAUCUGGGAAA